AUGAACGAAUCACGCCUCCUGAAGCCCAUCAAAAUUGGCACCAUGCAGCUCACACAGCGUAUAGGCAUGGCCCCUCUCACUCGCUUUCGCGCCGGCGACGACCGUGUACCCGAGCCCAUCAUGGCCGAGUACUACGCCCAGCGGUCCGCCGUCCCGGGCACCCUCAUCAUCAGCGAGGGAACACUCAUAGCGCCCUCCGCCUGCGGCGGCUUCGACAACGCGCCCGGUAUCUGGAGUCCAGAGCAGAUCGCCGGCUGGAGGGCCAUUACCGAUCGCGUACACGCCAAAGGCUGCUUCAUCUACUGCCAGCUCUUUGCCAUGGGUCGCGUGGCCACUGUCGACGGCGCCAGAAAGGACAAAGUCGACAUUGUGGGACCGAGCCCGAUUGCCAUGGACGACGAGGCGCCUGUUCCACGCGCCAUGGCGCUGCACGAAAUUCGGCAGACUAUUGGGGAUUUUGUAUCCGCUGCUAAAAAUGCCAUCGCGGCUGGCUUUGAUGGCGUCGAGUGCCACGGUGCAAACGGCUACUUGGCGGAUCAGUUUAUUCAAGAUGUGAGUAACCAGCGCGACGACAAAUACGGCGGCAGCGUUGAGAACAGAUCCCGCUUCAUUCUUGAAAUUGUCGACGCUGUUGCCAAAGCCAUCGGCCCCGAGCGAGUCGGCCUACGCCUCAGCCCGUGGAGUACGUUUCAAGGCAUGAAGAUGAGAGAUCCUGUCCCACAGUUUGCGGAUGUUAUAACAAAGGCAAACAAAUUGAAUCUGGCAUUCCUGCACUUGGUUGAGUCUCGCAUGGCUGGCGCUGCUGACUCCUCCGGCACAGAGCCGUUGGACUUUGCUUAUGAGUUUUGGGAUGGACCGCUUCUUGUUGCAGGUGGAUACAAGCUACCUGAUGCAGUCAGGCUUGUCGACGAGCAACAUGCGAAAAAGGACGUCGUUGUUAUGUUUGGAAGAUACUUCAUUGCCAAUCCUGAUCUUGUCUAUCGCAUCAAGCGAGGUCUUCAGCUCACUGAAUACAGGCGUGACACAUUCUACACCAACGAGUCUGCUGGCUACACUGACUAUCCUUUCAGUGCUGAGUACUUGUCUAGUCCAGCGGCUUAG